AUGGCGGGCUCUGUCUCGUCGUCUUCGGCCCGCAGUCUUGGAGUUGGUCGGUUCUACAGUCCCCCGCACAGGAGGCAGCAUGAGCACUCGCAGCAGCAAGAAAAGCCGCAGAGGCUGGCGAAGACGAGGCAGAAGCCGGCGGGGCCACCCGAAUUGGAGGCUCGCGAGGUUGAGAGUAGAGUCGACUCAGAUGAUUCAUCUUCGAAGCCGUCGAUGUCCGCCUCUCCUUCUCCGCCACCAACGCCGCCGCCUCCAGCCGGUAACUUGGAUCGCUUCCUGCAGUCAACAACACCCCUCGUUCCUGCACUGUACCCCCCGAAGGUCUGAAUGGAAUAAUUGGCAAACUUUUUCCGAUCGUCGUUUUCUUGUCUGUUCGUAUUCGUCAUGCGUGAUUUUCUCAUGAGUUGGGAUAGUGUGGCAGAUAAACAUGAGGGGCAGGAGGAACGGCGAAACAAAUGAUUCCCAUCCAUAUUUCAACCUCGGAGAUCUUUGGGAGUCAUUCAGGGAGUGGAGUGCCUAUGGUGCCGGGGUGCCUGUGACUCUAAAUGGAAGUGACAGUGUCAUUCAGUACUAUGUUCCAUACCUUUCUGGCAUUCAGCUGUAUGCCGAAUCGCACAGACUUCGUUCGAGAUCAAGGUAUUUUUGAUCAUUCAAUAAUGAUUGUUUUCUUGAGUACAUUGCCUUCAGUGUCACGCUGACUUGAAUGCUAAAAUGAAUAUAUGCUUGCGUUCAAGAUCCAUCGUUACGCUAUCCAGAAGUGGAGUUUUUCGGACUUUUCUAUUAAAAUCCGAGAGCGUUUACCAUUUGUGGACAGGUUCCUUGAAUUUUGGAUUGCUGCAAUUUUUUUUAACUUUGUGUGCUAGUAUGGAACUGGAAAUUGAUUACACAUUGAAGUGUCGUUUGUUGUUAGUUUCCCUAUUUGUUUCUUAUGAUAGUGCUUUACAAUUUACUUUUAGAGGUUAUUGCUGCCGUGUCGCGUUCCCGUGUCGCUGCGUAUAAUUAAUUUCCGAUUUGAAAUUAUAACUAGUGGGAGAAAGUAGAUAAAAGUAUGAAAAGGUACAGGAAUGUAGGUUUGUGCACAAUUCUGAGAUUGGAAAUUGUAUUAUCUACAUAAAUAAAAAGGAUUUUUUUCUAAGGCUACUGGUAGAACUGUCGUAAUGACAUCCGUAAAGUUUUAAUUCAUCCAAAAGGACUUUAUGGGACCUGUGGGCCCUAGAAAUAAUGAGCUCAGUGAAAGUGCCGGAAACCCCGAAGAAAGUAGAGAAUCCUAAAUGGAAAAAGGCUUAUGUGCAAUACGUAGACGUGCAUUUACAUGAUCCUCAUAAAUCAGAAAUAGCGUCUGUGUUGGGGUAAUUUCCAGAAUACGAAGGAUGAGGUCAGCAAGAGCUCUAGCUUCCGUUCGACAUUCGUGAGCACUGGGAAAAAUGUCUUAGACUGCAACAUUGCAUCUUGGGUUUCAUUAAUUAAACUGUUAGAAUGCUUAUCUUUCCUUAAAAAUGAAAAAAAAUCCAAUCAUUGCUUUAAUAGUUCUUGGUACAUUCUAUUUGGAUACGAACAUAUAUCAAAAAAUUUAAUAGGCUGGGUUAGACUGGUAAGAAAGAAAGGUUAGUUGGCAUCAGGAAAGCUGUAUUAAAUGCUAACUGAUGCAAAAAUGAGAAUUUGCACCGUGUGAACUAGACAACUAUUUUCCGACAUACCAAGGCAUCCGUGAUAUAUAAAAUGGGACUUCUGUGAGACUCUGCCGUAACUCAAGUAUUACGUUUUAAAUUUUUAAAAUUGGUCAUUUUUUUUGUGGUAAAAAUUGCUUUCCCAUCUCAGACAGCACUCGGGACUCGAGUACUAUACACAGUAGGUUUUGACCAUGAGAAAAAAACAAGAUGAGGAAAAUGAAUAUUCAGUUUGCAUACCUUGAUUAACCUCGUAAUGAGCAUCAAGAUAUGAUGGUCUUACAAGGAAAAAAAGGAAUAAGCAAAGUAGAGUAAAAAUAACGCAACAUGCUAGUAUAAGACAGAAAGAUUAAAUAAAUAUAUAAAAAAACUGUAUGAAUGGCAAUGUGGGGGAGAAGAAAGUGAAUACAGAGAUUUCGAUCAGCACUUUUGGUGUGAGAAAGAAAGCAGUAAAAUACAAGUAGGAAGAGGGAUCCAUCCUAUUAAGUUGGAGAAGUCAACUUUCAGCAACUAGAGGAAAAAUCUUGGUCAUAUUCUACUUGUGCCUUUGCCAAGCAGGACAGAUUUAGAACAAGUGGCUUAGUCCUUUUUCUGACAAAGAUUGAGAUUGCGGGAACCAAUCCUUUAUGAAUGUGUUUUGGCAUGUUAAGUGGCGUGGAUUGAGUUUUAUUCUGAAAUUCAUCCCUUGUCAUCCUUGGAAAGAAGACCUGUUGCGUUCAACAGUUUUAUUGUGCAUAUGAGAUUGACUGGUGAUGAUAAAAAAAUGGCUUAGAUUUAAUGUGAACUUUUGCGGCUAGAGUAUGAAUCUUUUGUAUCAGUUUGUUUUCGGAAUGGAAUCCAGGCGGACUCGGCCUAUUGAAUAUAUCCAUACUCCUGGAUGCUAAUCAUUUGCAUUUUUCCUGAAAGUAUCUCGAAUGGGGAUUUGGCGUGAAUCUUGUCCUUUGUUGUCUUGGUCUAAUUUUGGUCACAUACAUUUAGCUUUGGAUAUUAUCAUGACCAUUCUUGAUGUCUGAAGAACUCAUGAGAAAGUUUUCCUUAAAACUUGAUCUGCCAUAAGAAGGAAGGCUCUGGAUUAUACCUUGUUGUUUUCCGUAGGCCUCAUACUUCACAGCAUAGCCUUGCAGGGGACCUCAUGAAUUAAUGGAUUGUUAUCCACUACAUUUUGCGUGGGUUGUCUGUUGUGCGAUAUCAGCAUCAGUAUCACGAUCCCUUGGGCCAUCCAUAAGUCUAUGCCAUCUUGGCGUUUGCCAUUGUUCUUAUGAGGAGUCUUUUUGAGAUUUUGUUGUACAUAAACUUGUACAUAUACCAGUAUCUAAUUUAAAAUCCUUAAAUGAACUCCUGGCACUUUCUGCUUCUUUUCUGGUUAAGGUAUCAAUCGAGACACUUGUGCAGGUCUCCUAUCACUUAUCCUUUUUCUGCACCUUCGGGAUGUAACUAAACCCAUUUUAGCUCUUUGCUCUACUUAGAAAUUUGUUUGUGCAUUGACUUUUUGAAGAUCUUCUAUCAUCCUGGGACUUUGCUGUAGCUUUCUUACACUACUCAGGUUGGCCUCAGCUUUUCCCUGUCAUUUACUCCUUAAUUUGAUAAUUAGCCUUUUAUGAUGCUUUGUGAACUCGUGAAUCAUUUCACGAGAUGAACAUGCUGCAGUCAAACCCCCCUCCAGAUCAACAGAUCGUUGUGUCUUUCCUCGAGAUGGUUUUACCUUUUUCUAUGCCAUCUUCCAUUCUAAUCCCUCGGAUGGGGUUCUUAUUCUCGUUUCUUUUGGAUGUGGGAAGAUAUCAGAUAACGUUCUCAAGUUUUAUUAUUGGAUGGUAUCUUUUUCUUCUCUUUUCUAUACAUUUUUCUUGUUAAAAUGAAAGUUGAUGAGGUGUUCUCACCCCAGACCGAGAGAUCACAGAAGGGUCCCUUUCUCAUCCUCGUUUCUUUUAUUAACUUGAUUUUUAAUUCUACGAUGUCUAUCAUUAGAAACUUAGUUUUCCCUGGUUAGAGGCUUCUGAAUAAUUCCAAAAUCAGAAGUAUUUUGGAACUGCCUGGAGCCCAGCAAAGCCCUGUUUGCGGUCAGUUGCUUCCCAUUCUAUUUUUCUCCACUCCGGAGCCCAGAGCCGCCUUCCUACUAUGUCCCCCCUUUUGUUCUUACAUAUUGAUUUGGUCCUUCUUUCCCUAGUUUUGGUUUCCUCUUUGGUUUCUGUAUCACCUCCCACCAUCCAUGCAAACAUGGAAAUACCUUCAUAGCGGUAGAAUCUUAGAUUUUUCAAGUUAAAUGCCUUAUUUCCUUUCAAGGAAAGCUUCCCCACAUAAUUCCUCUUGGCUGUCUUUCAGCAUCCCCAAUGAAAAUUUAUGCCUCUAAUCACAUAAAGUAUCUCACUUCAUAUGCCCAUCAAUGCAGAUCAGGAAGUCUCGUGUCCGUAUUUCACUGUCCAGAUUCAAAGUAGAAUCGUGGACAUAUAGAUAUAUAUGGAGAUUCAACUCACCCGAAAAGGACAUAUAAAAAAAAACUAACUUGCAUCCAGUGUAGGAUCUUGAUCUUCUCUUGUUAUUUUUUCAUGCAUACAGGCAACCCAGUGAAGAGAUCGGAGCAGACUUGUACAGAUAUACGAGUAGUGGAGGAAGCAGCAGCGUGGAAGGAGCGCAGCACGUAACCGAGAGAAUAAGCAGGGUUUUCCUGGGGGAGAAUCCCAACUGCGCUCAGGAAGGCUCGUCUAGUGACGGCGGUGAUGCUCGCAACCCGCCGGGGGCUCUCAUAUUCGAGUACCUAGAAAGGGAUCCUCCAUAUGGCAGGGAACCUCUGGCCGACAAGGCAAGGAUAUCUCUUUUUCUUUCUUUUUAUUAUUUUUCAAAGGACCAGAUCCCUCCGUCGUUACUCGUCUGUGUCUCAACUCAUUCCUGGCCUGCGUGUCGUCUAGAUCUCCCUUCUCGCCAGCAGAUUUCCGGAGCUGAAGACGUACAAGAGCUGCGAUCUGUUGCCGUCGAGUUGGAUGUCUGUUGCCUGGUGGGUAUUCUUCAGCUCCAGCUUCACCAUCCGAAGCCGAAGCGCCUGGUUGCUACAGCCAGCCAUUGUACAGCUAAUUCCUUUCCAAUUUUGGUGCAGGUAUCCCAUAUACAGGAUACCCACGGGCCCGACUCUGCGAGACCUGGACGCCUGCUUUCUGACGUUCCAUUCUCUGUCCACAUCUCCCAAAGGUGCACCAUCCGAAAGCCCUUGGCAAUUUCUUCUCACUAUUUUUCCACGUCUACAAGAACUUUCAGAUCCAUAAGAAUCAGUGAGCAAACAAAAAUAUUUAUUGGUGAUAAUUUUAUUCAUUGAACAACAAAUGGGAUUCUUUCAAUUAUUCGAUUCACUCAAUAGAUUUUGUUAAAUUAGUUGAUCCCAAUUUUUUUUAAUGGUUUAUGUUCAUAUUGAAAAGAUGAGACAAAGACUUGCUGGAAUUCAAAAAUCGGUGUAAAAAACCCAAAUUUUCUUGUCUGCAUUUGGAAAUUCCUGUUGACUCUUUAAUGCACUGUCGGCAUUUGAUGCUAAACAAAUACCCCGUUGACCGAGUUUGGCAGAUUCAAGCAGCCACCCGGACAUCGGCCCGGGCAUCUACGGGAGCACCCACAUGUCGGCGGCGGUGGUCGGCAGAUCCCCGGCAAAGCUCUCUCUGCCGAUCUUCGGGCUCGCCUCCUACAAGUUCAAGGGCUCCAUCUGGACGUCGAAUGGAACGCAGGAGAGGCAGCAGGCAAGCUCUUUGUUGCAGGCUGCGGAGAGCUGGCUGCGCCAGCUCCAGGUGGACCAUCCCGACUUCAGCUUUUUCCUCUCCCACAACGGCGGUCCCUCCCGGAGAUAA